AGAUCCCACAGCUCCAACACGCGGGCCGAAUGCAGGUGAGGGAAGGCACGGACUCUGCGGCUGAGAAUCCAAACUUGGGCACCGCGCGGUGCGCACGGUUCGGCUCUCGCCCCCGCGGGCGAAUGGUUGCUGCGGUUUCAGGCGGCGGCUUCGUGACUAAUGACCUUGCGCAGAGUUGUUAAGAAAAAAAGAGAAACCCGAGCUCUCCGGGGUGAGAAGCGACCGACUCUGGGCGUCUCUGAAGAUGGCUCGGGCUGCUCUUUGGCGCGCCAGGAGUACCCGGUCGCGGACCGAGCUGUGACGCGAGGCAUCUUCGCUGCACCUUGCCCGAAGCGACCUGCCGUGGAAUUUUUCAUUCAAGAUACGUUGAGUGGCUUCCCGGCUGCUUAAGAGGAGUCAGAGUUGAGACUGGCUUGUUGCUCGCCCCAGAGCCUGGAGCAGGAAGCGGCUCACGUUUGUCUGGACCUCCCGAGCCUGAACAGAGCCUGGGUCUAGAGUAAGGGACUGGAACGUGAAUUGGACUUAACUCGAGUAGCAGUAAGGACUGCUGUCAGGCGGGGAAGGCUGCAGGUUUGCUCCAGUCCUCUACUAGGCUCCGCCGCCGUCUUGCAGAAGCGGUUCCGGCCCCUUCCCAGGGCUUGGGGACUGGACCUCAGGAUCUUCCCGCUGCGGGGAUGACUUUGUGGGGGCACCGAGCCCGUGGCGCGCAGUGUCCCGUGAACUGUGAGUACUGCGAGUAAACGGUGGUCGGCGAGCGGGCGAUUAGCACCCAUUGCAUGAAUUAUGAAACAAUAACUUUCGGAAGAAACAGGAGGAGAAAAAAAAAAGCAUCUAUAACUGCCCCCCUCCCAUCGGCCGACUCUACGCGCUACUCUGGCCCCCUCCCUCCCCUCCCUCUCGUUUCUUCCUUUCCCGGAGAGGAGGACCGAGGGGAGGGCAGGCGGCCAGCCCCGGAGGAGGGGGGUGCCGAGGGGGGUUGUGGUUAGAAGGAGCAGUAGCAGCAGCAGCAAGAGAAGAUGCUGAGGAUGCGAACCACGGGAUGGGCGCGCGGCUGGUGCUUGAGCUGUUGUCUCCUUCUGCCGCUCUGCUUCAGCCUGGCCUCGGCCAAGCAGCUGCUCCGGUACCGGCUGGCUGAGGAGGGCCCCGCCGACGUGCGGAUCGGCAAUGUGGCCUCGGACCUGGGCAUCGUGACCGGCUCCGGCGAGGUGACUUUCAGCCUUGAGUCUGGCUCUGAGUAUCUGAAGAUUGACAACCUCACCGGCGAGCUGAGCACCAGCGAGCGGCGCAUCGACCGAGAGAAGCUGCCCCAAUGUCAGAUGAUCUUCGACGAGAACGAAUGUUUCCUGGACUUCGAGGUGUCGGUGAUAGGGCCCUCGCAGAGCUGGGUGGACCUGUUUGAGGGUCGGGUCAUCGUGUUGGACAUCAACGAUAACACGCCCACCUUCCCGUCGCCGGUGCUCACGCUCACGGUGGAGGAGAACCGGCCUGUAGGCACGCUCUAUCUGCUGCCCACGGCCACUGAUCGUGACUUUGGUCGCAAUGGCAUCGAGCGCUACGAGCUGCUCCAGGAGCCCGGGGGUGGCGGCAGCAGCGGCGAGGGAAGGCGCUUGGGGCCGGCGGACAGCGCCCCCUACCCAGGGGGCGGCGGGAACAGCGCGAGCGGCGGCGGCUCCGGAGGCUCUAAGCGGCGGCUGGACGCGCCUGAGGGUGGCGGUGGGACUAGUCCCAGUGGCCGAAGCAGUGUGUUCGAGCUGCAGGUGGCAGACACCCCUGACGGCGAGAAGCAACCGCAGCUGAUAGUGAAGGGGGCGCUGGACCGGGAGCAGAGAGAUUCCUAUGAGCUGACCCUCCGAGUGCGCGAUGGGGGCGACCCACCUCGAUCCUCGCAGGCCAUCUUGCGGGUGCUCAUCACCGACGUGAAUGACAACAGCCCCCGCUUCGAAAAGAGCGUGUAUGAGGCUGACCUGGCUGAGAACAGCGCUCCAGGCACCCCCAUCCUACAGUUGCGCGCCACCGAUUUGGACGUAGGGGUCAAUGGACAGAUCGAAUAUGUAUUUGGGGCUGCCACAGAGUCGGUGAGACGGCUACUGCGCCUGGAUGAAACGUCGGGCUGGCUCAGUGUCUUACACCGUAUCGACCGCGAGGAAGUGAAUCAAUUGAGAUUCACAGUAAUGGCCCGUGACCGCGGGCAGCCCCCCAAGACCGAUAAGGCCACCGUGGUUCUCAACAUCAAAGACGAGAACGAUAACGUUCCCUCCAUCGAAAUCCGCAAGAUAGGGCGCAUCCCACUUAAGGACGGGGUGGCCAACGUGGCCGAAGACGUCCUAGUGGACACCCCCAUCGCCCUGGUACAGGUGUCCGACCGAGACCAAGGCGAGAACGGAGUAGUCACCUGUACCGUAGUGGGAGAUGUGCCUUUCCAACUUAAGCCAGCCAGCGACACAGAGGGCGAUCAGAACAAGAAAAAGUACUUUCUCCAUACAUCGGCCCCACUGGACUAUGAGACCACCCGAGAGUUCAACGUGGUCAUAGUAGCUGUGGACUCUGGCAGCCCCAGCCUCUCCAGCAACAAUUCCUUGGUGGUCAAGGUGGGAGACACCAACGACAACCCUCCUGUCUUUGGCCAGUCUGUGGUUGAGGUUUACUUUCCAGAGAACAACAUUCCUGGUGAGAGGGUAGCCACGGUGCUGGCGACAGACGCUGACAGCGGGAAGAAUGCAGAGAUCGCCUACUCGCUGGACUCUUCGGUGAUGGGGACUUUUGCCAUCGAUCCCGAUUCUGGGGACAUCCUGGUCAAUACAGUACUGGACCGGGAGCAGACUGACAGGUAUGAGUUUAAAGUUAAUGCCAAAGACAAAGGCAUUCCUGUGCUGCAAGGCAGCACCACGGUGAUUGUACAGGUGGCUGAUAAAAAUGACAAUGACCCUAAGUUUAUGCAGGAUGUCUUUACCUUUUAUGUGAAGGAAAACUUGCAACCCAACAGCCCUGUGGGUAUGGUCACCGUGAUGGAUGCUGACAAGGGACGGAAUGCAGAGAUGAGCCUGUACAUAGAGGAGAACAGUAACAUUUUUUCUAUUGAAAAUGACACAGGGACCAUUUACUCCACAAUGUCUUUUGACAGGGAACAUCAGACUACAUACACUUUCAGAGUGAAGGCUGUGGAUGGGGGAGAUCCUCCCAGGUCGGCCACAGCCACCGUCUCUCUCUUUGUGAUGGAUGAAAAUGACAACGCUCCCACAGUUACCCUUCCCAGAAACAUUUCCUACACGUUGCUGCCACCUUCAAGUAAUGUCAGGACAGUAGUAGCUACAGUGUUGGCAACAGACAGUGAUGAUGGCAUCAAUGCAGACUUGAACUACAGCAUUGUGGGAGGGAAUCCUUUCAAGCUGUUUGAGAUUGAUUCCACCAGUGGUGUGGUUUCCUUAGUGGGAAAACUCACCCAGAAACAUUAUGGCUUGCACAGGCUGGUUGUGCAAGUGAAUGACAGCGGCCAGCCCUCCCAGUCCACUACGACUUUGGUGCAUGUAUUUGUCAAUGAAAGUGUUUCCAAUUCAACUGUGAUUGACUCUCAAAUAGUCCGAAGUUUGCAUACCCCACUCACCCAGGAUAUAGCUGGUGACCCAAGCUAUGAAAUCAGCAAACAGAGACUCAGUAUUGUCAUUGGGGUGGUGGCUGGCAUUAUGACAGUGAUUCUAAUCAUUUUAAUUGUCAUGAUGGCAAGAUACUGCAGGUCCAAAAAUAAAAAUGGCUAUGAAGCUGGCAAAAAAGACCAUGAAGACUUUUUUACACCCCAGCAGCAUGACAAAUCUAAAAAGCCUAAAAAGGACAAGAAAAACAAAAAAUCUAAACAGCCACUCUACAGCAGUAUCGUCACUGUCGAAGCUUCUAAACCAAAUGGGCAGAGGUAUGAUAGUGUCAAUGAGAAGCUGUCAGACAGCCCAAGCAUGGGCCGAUACCGAUCUGUUAAUGGUGGGCCUGGCAGUCCCGACCUGGCAAGGCAUUACAAAUCCAGUUCCCCAUUGCCUACUGUCCAGCUUCAUCCCCAGUCACCAACUGCAGGGAAAAAACACCAAGCUGUACAAGAUCUACCACCAGCCAACACAUUUGUGGGAGCAGGAGACAACAUUUCAAUUGGAUCAGAUCACUGCUCUGAGUACAGCUGUCAAACCAGUAACAAGUACAGCAAACAGCCAUUUCGUAGAGUGACGUUUUCUGUUGUGAGUCAGCCUCAGGACCCACAUCAGGGGUCACUGCAGAGUUGCUAUGACAGCGGGCUGGAGGAGUCAGAAACACCAAGCAGUAAGAGUUCAUCAGGGCCAAGACUGGGUGCCCUUCCACUCCCAGAGGACAACUAUGAGAGGACCACGCCGGAUGGCAGUGUUGGUGAGGCAGAGCAUAUGGAAAAUGGUGUUGCUGCCAUCACUACCUUUCCCCUCCUUCCCUUUCCUCAUGGCAAGACGCAUGGAAGAAGAGUGCUGUUAAGGCCUCUCCAUUAAUCAACAGAUUCAAGGCCUCUUCCGGAUGUAGCGCUGACUGGCAAGUGCACCCGUGAAUGUGACGAGUAUGGCCAUUCAGAUUCCUGCUGGAUGCCAGUGCGCACUUCCCCAGAGAGGAAGAAGAGCCAGCCCAAACUCUCCACUUUCAUGCCUGUUGAUGAACGAGGAAGCCAAGAAAAGCUGGCCAAUGGCGAGGCUGCCAUCAUGGGUGACCGAAACAGAAACCUCCUGAACAAAAAGUUGACCUCAUCCUAUGAGACCUUCAGUGCAGCUAGUUUCAGCAAAAAUGAGGAAGCCAACCCUGAGGAUAUUCCUUUAACAAAAACAGGGGAAUAUAAGCCAUCUCCUGUGAGCACUCUCACUAGAAGAGAAGUUUAUCUGUAGGUUGCCAAGGAGCAACAGCAAAGUUCUUUUCAUGUACGAGGAGAGUUAGGGGCAAAAACAUUACUAAGUAAAACCAUUUAAUCACAAAGAGGGGGCUACCAAAGAGACAAAGCUUUGCCUGCCACUUCUGCCUCCAAAUCAGGCUUUUAGUGUUACUGUUUGCCUGAUGACAGUGUACAAAGUAGAAUCCAUUCUUGUCACUUGCAUGUCUACACCUUCACUGAUCCCCAACAACCCACCCUCUUUUCCUACCCCUCCUCAAACCCAAAUAACAACAAAACAACGACAACAAAAGAUGGUUGCAAGUUCUUUUCAUGGUAACAAGUCUGAUUAGCAGAACAUAACACACUCUCAUUAUCUCUAAUCUGAAGCAUGAUUUUGGUCACUUUGAUUUGUUUGAGCGUCAUCUAGCUUGUUAAUAAAAGAAGGAUGGGUUAAAAAUAUACUACAGACUAUCAAUGGUUUAUUAUUGUUACAGUCAGCCCAUUGGAAUUAAUAAAAUCCCUUUAAUGGUAUAGUCCCUUAUAUAAGGGACCCUUUGAAAAAGUAAUUUAGGAUGACAGCAGCUUUAAAAACAAACAGUGCAAAUUGAAACUCAGUAGAAGAAUGCAGUUCCAAGCUGCCAUAUAUUGUUACUUUCAGGUCAAAGGCAUCAACUUCUGUUCCAUACAUUCACAGAAUAUACUCACCCAAUUUUGACAAAAACAAUUACAUGAAUUAUAAUUUGUAAAAGAAUGUUUUGGAAUAGAAUUACUCAUGAAGGAACUUUAACUCUUAUGUCAUUUUGAGGCCAAAGACCACAUGGCAGAUCAGGGAAAUAAUAAAACUGAUUUGGUCUUGACGUAGAAAUCUACUAAACAACAGAAGGAACCGAACCUGUACACACACAGAAACACUCAGACUUUAGUUGGUUUUAUAUUAACUCUUCUCCCAGAAAUAGUCUUCUUUUUAAAAUGAACUUUAGUGAAAUACUUAGAAAAUGAAAGAACUAAUAAGACACAUGUGUUGUCUUAUAAUAAGCAACUGGUCAAAGCCCAGGUCUACUCUCAUGUGUUAUUGUCAGGGAAGAAUCUACAUUUUAAUGUCAUAUUGAUGCAUAGUGAGAUACAAAAAGACACACUGGAAUAUGAUUUCAUGAAGUCUCCUAUUGUCAUUUUGGGAUCCCAGCUGUUCUUGGUGAUCUUAUUAUCAUUUCUAAUUAUAAUCGCAUUUUUCACUUGGUCAGAACACAAGUGCAUUGAUUUCAAAUUCUGUACAACACAGAAACAUUUUGAGACUCAAACACUUAAACAAUAUAACACUUUAAUUGACUUGUCAUUACUGGUAAUUUGAAUAUUAUUCAAUGUGCGUCUUAAACAAUCUCUGAACAUGAAAGAAUGAGUUCUGGACAAUAUUUUAUUUAACACAAAUAUAUGCAUCUCAAAGUUGGAAAAUGUAUAGUUUUUUUUUUUCAAGAGAUACAGAAUAUGCAGAUUUUUGAAUGCUUUGCUCUAUGCAAGAUGAUUUAAGAAAACUGAUAUUUGAGCUGGGACAUUCAGAAGAAUGUGACAAUCCAUGGACGAUAUAGGCGAUGACAGGUAAAGAGAGCAAAUGUUCUCAUCACCGAAUGCUAGUUACUUGGUUAAACUGUAGCCUUGAUGGCUUUCUACAAAACUGUAGAGACACUGUAGCUUUGGACAGUUUCCUGCUUUUCAGAUUUUCUUAGACUAUAAGAUGAAGAAACCAAGACUAUAGGUUGAUAAUUCACUGUAGAUCAUCAAAGUACUUAUCUUUGAGGAACGUUUCUCUGGUGGGUCUUUUGGGAUCAUUUCCUUAUGCUCUUUCUUAAAGUGGAAUUUUCGUUUUGAUGUUAGUUUAUGUAUAAUAGGUAGAAUGAAAAAAAAGAUGUAAUUGAUAUAAAAACAUUGGACUAAAAUACCAAUAAUUGAACAUGCUCAUGUUUGGUUAUUAUUUACACUAUGGAAAGAUGAAAUUCUAGAACUUUGUUAGGAAACUGCAUUCAAGCAGUUCUGCCUUGUAUAAUCUGUAAGUACCUAUUAAGAUGAAAUACUUCUAAAGAUACUUAUGAAAAUGUAUACAUAUUUUUCUUGCACGUUACAGAGGAAAUAAUUGCAUAACACUGAUGUUCAACACUUUUUUAUAUGCAUAUUUUCUUUCUUUCAUGGGACACUUGAAGCCACUAGAUAGCUCAUUUCACUCUUAAAAUCCUUUGGUUGUUUAUAAAGCUAAUACAGGUCACACUGGACCUACACAUUUAUUCAACCCACAUUCCACGAUGGUGUUUGCACCACAUGCCAGGCAGUCAUGUCAUUGUCCUUUAACGUGUGAACCUCUCUUUAGAACUAAAAUGGAUGUGAAAGAAUAAAAUUCAGUGUACUGUAAGUAUUCAAAGUAAUUCUAGUAGAAUUAGUUAUCAUAACAUGUUUACUAUAUAAUGAGCUGGCAUGACACAGAAAUAUAUUUUGUGUUUGUAUGACUUUUAUUUUGACUAGGUUAAAUCCGGUGCCACUCCAUAUAUAGAGUGCUUUUGAAAAAAAAUAAAAACAAAAAAAAAUAAAUAAAUAAAUGAGUGAAUGCAAAAUAAGCAACUGUGCCUUUUAUACCUCUUGUUAUGGUAAAUGAACAAGCAAACAACAAGUAAACAAACAAAUGAGUGGUUGUUGGGUUUGGAUAAUGAGGGGAAAUGGGCUAUUCCCAACUUUUUUGAUCCUGUAUAUUUAUCCAUGUUUAUUUUCUGAGAAUAAAUAAUAUAUUAAAACUUUGCCUUCUGACAAACUCAGAUAAUGGACCAGUCUUAAAUAUUGUUCAUUCAUAAGAUAAGAUUCAGGCAUUAAUAUGGGGCUGCUUCAAUCUCACUGGACAGUGAAAUUAUUCGUAUAGAAUCACACAAGGAAAUACUAUCGGGGUGAAAUCAAUCCUUUUUGCAAGGUAGAAUAUUGAUUUAGAAGUUUUCAUUUUUGUUUUCUCUCUUUUUAACUGGUUUUUCAUUUUUGGUUGUACAGUAUAUAAACUUUCUUCAUUUUCUGUACACAGACUGUCAAGUGGACUUCUGCAUGAUAAUACAUUAGGGCACAUUUACAAAUUGAGUAAUUAUACAAAUGUGUGUAUAUUUAAAUGUCUGUAGCAUCUGUCUAAAAUUGACUGCUCUGUUUGAAUCUCGAGAGAGCAUUGUUGUCUGAUUUUCGUUCUUUUAUUUUUUUAAACUGGCCUGUUGCCUGAGUUUCAGAAAAAUGAAGGAGGCAUUAUUUUUGUGAGAGAAAGAACUAAAGUGAUACAAAGGAUGUUUGCCUGAAAGGCUACCCUGGGAGGCCGGGUUAGGGGAAAAUACAAAAUGAAAUACACAGGCCAGAAAGAAACUGCCAGGAAUCAAACAGCCAUCUUAAAACAGUUGUGCAAAAUCUUGAGACCUAUGACAUUUCAAAUGAUAGGUUAGAUCAGUAGUACAUAAAUAGUUGCCUCCUUAAAAUAGUAAACUAAAGGAGCAAAGUUCAUCAGGGAUAUGAGUAAGCUAAUGACCCAGGCGUGGUAUAUGUGACAUCUGGAUGCGGCAUCAUUCGUUCAGCUACCUAGGGUUUACUUUCAGACAACUUUUCCUACAUUAUAAAGCACUUGCAUUCCGUGUGGUACGAUCUGUUUGUAAUGUUAAUCAUUGACUAUUGUUCUGCUACUUGGAUGUUAAUAGUGAAGCAGAGAACAAUUAAUCAUCAUUGAUUAUGUCACUAUGCACGCGACUUUGCUAAACAUGGCGAAAUGUAUUAAACACUCGUCCAACUAUUUAUGAAAUACUUUACAUAAUUUAAUUUGCUUUUGUACAGUUUUAUGUAAAUAAAUUGCUUGUCAUUUUUGUCUUUACAAAUUAAAAUAUAACAUGAUCAAAUGGUU